AUGGGAGGACCUGUUUUUUGGGUGAUUUUCAUAUACUCUUUCAUGGGUGUCCAUGGAGUUGAAGUUGGAGACUCUAGUCAUAUUCAAAAGAAACUUCAAUCUCCUUCAGAGGAACAACAGCCUUACAGGACUGCCUACCACUUCCAGCCUCCUAAAAACUGGAUGAAUGGACCAAUGUACUACAAGGGAAUUUACCAUUUAUUCUAUCAAUACAAUCCAUAUGCUGCUGUAUGGGGUAACAUUUCAUGGGGUCAUUCAGUGUCAUAUGAUCUUAUCAAUUGGAUUCUUCUUGAAUAUGCUAUUAAUCCAACAGACCCUUAUGACAUCAAUGGGUGCUGGUCUGGUUCUGCCACAAUCCUCCCGGGGGAGAAACCUGUUAUUCUAUACACAGGAGAUGACUUUAAGAAACACCAAGUUCAAAACUUGGCAGUGCCCAAAAAUUUAUCAGAUCCACUCCUUAUUGAAUGGGUAAAAUCGGAUCAUAAUCCUUUGAUGACCCCAGUUGGCGAUAUUGAUCCAAAUUUUUUCAGAGACCCAACGACUGCUUGGCAGGGGCCAGACAGAAUUUGGCGUGUGGUCGUUGGAAGCCAGAUUGAUGGUCAUGGAAUGGCACUUCUAUAUCGAAGUAAGGAUUUCAUCAAUUGGACAAGGAGUCAAGAUCCUCUUCAUUUCUCGCUUAAAACAGGAAUGUGGGAGUGUCCUGAUUUCUAUCCUCUUGAUAUUAAAGGAGAAAAUGGACUUAACUCAUCGGUGCAAGGUAGAGCUACUAAGCAUGUGCUUAAGGCUAGCUUUAAUGACCAUGACUAUUACAUAAUAGGAGACUAUGAACCCCAAACAGACAGUUUUGAACCCCAAACUGACUUCAUGGAUAGUAGUUUCCAAUUGAGAUAUGAUUAUGGAAAUUUUUAUGCUUCCAAAACAUUUUAUGACAGCUCCAAAAAGAGGAGGAUAUUGUGGGGAUGGAUAUUAGAGGCUGAUAGUAAAACAGAUGACAUCAACAAAAAAUGGUCUGGACUUCAGUCCAUGCCAAGAAGAAUUUUGCUGGAUAAAAAUGGGAAGCAGUUAAUACAAUGGCCAAUCAAAGAAAUUGAAAAACAACGUGCAGAAAGAGUUAAUUACCAAAACAAAGAGCUUAAGGGUGGAUCUGUAUUCGAAAUUGAAGGUGUCAUGGCUGCACAGGCUGAUGUAGAAGUCUCAUUUGAUUUGCCAAAUUUUGAAGAGGCAGAGUUUAUGGAAUCUCAAUUUGUCGAUCCCCAAUUGCUUUGUAGCCAAAAGAAUGCAUCUACGAGACGGGUUAUUGGGCCAUUUGGUUUGUUGGUUUUGGCUUCAAAGGACUUGACUGAACGAACUGCUAUCUUCUUCAAGAUAUUCAAAGGCCACGACAAGUAUGUUGCACUCUUGUGUAGUGAUCAAAGCAGGUCUUCUUUCAGAGAAGAGAUUAACAAAACCACCUUUGGAGCUUUCAUUGAAAUAGACCCUCAUCGUGAGAAUAUUUCAUUGAGAACCUUGAUAGACCAUUCUAUUGUUGAAAGUUUUGGUGAUGAAGGAAGGGCGUGCAUCACUGCAAGAGUUUAUCCAGAGUUGGCUAUUGGUGAAGAAGCCCACCUUUAUGCAUUUAACUAUGGCUCUCAAAGUGUGACUAUCACAAGUCUCAGCGCUUGGAGCAUGAAGGCAGCUCAAAUCGCUCCGAUUCAAAAAAGAAGACGACCUCCAGUGACUUGACAAUCGUAAUGAGUGAUGGAAUAAAAACUGAAACUAAUAAAGUUUGUUCAGAUUUUCAUCUGCUCAAGUGUGCGUGAGGA